CCGCCCGACCCCCCGCCCUAACCCCAGCGCGACGGCAGCUCCGGCGAAGACAACUGCGGGGCCGGGCGGCGGCAACGGCGGCGGAAUGUACAGCCGGCUGAGAGGGGGAGGCAGCCUCGAUCUGAAGGCCCCGGCGCCGCGGCCACGCCCCUCGCCGCCAGCGCAGCUUGCCGAUUGGCCAACCCGGCUCCGGUGCGCUCAGCCAAUCGGAAGGGGCGAUGGAGAGCGGGGACGGAAAGAGCAAACGCGGAGGGGACGGGAGCGACGCCGGGAGCGGAGCGGGGAGGGCCGAGCGCGGAGCGACCGUGUGGCUUGGGAGGCGGGGAGGAAAUGGAAGAGGAGUCGUUGUGAGGGCAGGGAAGGCAGGGGAAGGAGAAGCCCGGCAACGGGCCCGGAACAAGGCGGGGUCCCGGCUGGAAGCCGAGUUGGAGCGGCGUUCUUUCCCGCCGCGUGCGCCCGCUCUUCCGGGGAGGUUCUGGGGCGCGCGCCGGGGCGGGAACCCCAGCGCGGCGGCGGCCGGGCCGGCCUUGGCGGGGCGGUGCGCGCGGGGCCCGGCCGAGGAAGGCCCAUUGGAAGGCUCGGGUUCAUCGCGGACCGAGUGCCCGCAACAGGACCAUCAUUAACAGAGGCAGAGGUAAUACGAGCUGCAAAAGAACGUGCUUGCAAUUCCGGAAAAGAGUAUAAGGAAAUGUUUUAAAACUAAAUAUACUGGCACCUCUCUUGUGCUCUGCGACGUAGUUAGCGGCUCGGAUCAGAAGCAAGAACGUAGGCGUUGGAUGUGUUUCUGUAAGUCGAGAAGGAGGAGGAAGCCCUACAGAGUCCUUUGGAAUCUUUUCUGUUUCUUUCGGAUCAGCAGAACCAGUGCAGAAGUAAACGCUUCGAGUGAGACGUUGUUUAAAUACUUCUAAAGUCAAAAGAUGGAAAUGUUUCUUAAAAAAGAAAAGGAAACCAGUGUGUUUAAACAGUGUAAACGGCAGAGUUGUCUCUGAACAAAGGGGAACGAGGGUAGCUGGAAUACGAUCGGAGUCACUUAAAGAUGAUUUUUAAAAAAAAUUAGAAGCAGAGUAAUAUAUUUUUAAGUGUUCAGUACUUUGCAUACCUUCCACGGGACUGUAGCAAAGAAACUACCUGGAAAUAAUUUACACUAAAGAGUAACUUGAAUGUAAAUUGAGUGCAGAUCUUAAAAUAUAAAUGAUGUUUAUUAUAAAUUUCUAUUCACCCCAAGGACCAGUUUAGUUAAAUUCACUUUGUGUUUACGUGCAGGUUUAGGAUGAGAAACUUAAGUUGUGAGGCUGAUGUUACGUGUUUUCCACCAUCGUAGACUUGAUCAUAAACAGGGUUCAAGAAAAAGAUUUACUAGUGAAUGCUUACUCGGACUGGAAGUUAUCCUGUCGGUGUGCAUAUGUAGAUGAAUACUUUGUACUUCUUGAAAUAAAUGUAAUUCUUUUCAUGAUGAAGUA